GAUUUAGGGAAUUUUUUAUAUGCCUAAUUAGGAGAGUGACAGCUUUAAUGACACUCGAAUAAAAGUUCUACCAAUACACAUUGCCAUAAAUGAAGGAUAGGAAAAACUAGUCAAUUUUACUGACCAUAUUUUUCAAUUUAAGUUAACUUAUUUUUAAUCCUGACCUAUCAACUUUCAAACCAAACUAUUAUUUUAGAAAACAAAACAAAGAGACUUUGUUUUCUAAGCACAAUACAUAGAUAUGUAGUAUUUCUUUUUUGGCUGGUUGAACAAUUUGAAAAUAAUAGUCAUCCUCAGAGUGAAAAAUUUCCCUGCGUUAACAUUCGCUAUAGUUUAAAGGUUUAGUGGUGACUCAGUUUAUCCACUGCCUUUUCCACUUUACCUUCUUAUCUUUUGUUUUUUUGUGAUUAGCCUUGGUUCUUUUGUUCUUUUAUAUGUUCUUUCCCAUCUACUGGCCCUGUUUGCAUCUUAUCUUGUAUUUAAACCACACUCUUAUAGACACUCGAUAGCUAACUUUGCAUUGUUGCUUGUUUCAGUUGCUCUUCACAAAUAUAGUUGUUGCACAAUAAAGGAUAUGAAAUUAUUUACAAUUCCUCAAACUCAGAAGUAUAUUCUACCUUAAGCAGUACAUCGUUACAGAACACGUCUGUUCACACUGUUUACAGCAUUAACCACGGCAAAACCUCACAAAUCACAGGACGGGAGCAGAUUGUGCUGAGCAUCUUCACUAGCUGUAGGUACUUGUUUUUGCUAGAUACAUCUAUGGUGUUCUUAUGGUCCUGUGGCUGCAAGUCAUCGCUGCUCCACCACCAUGUUUCACAGCUGGCACACAGACUGCGUGCCACAGAAAAACAGAACAUCCGUCUACCUUCCAUUAACAAGACCACAUCGACCCCUCCCCUAAUAAUCAUAGAAGAGUUUGAACAAGCAGGUGCUGGGCUUGCAGCAAAGAACUCUGGGAAACCAAGAUUUCUCCCGAGGAGGCAAAGAAUGGAUCAGAUCAGUCCAUUGAGAGACAUGAUACACAGGGAAAUGACAGAUGAUCAGACAAGAAAAAAAUUCAGUAAACCUCAGAAAAAGUUGUCUGACAAAAUGGAACCUGUGGCAAGCACAUACAGGAAGAACUAUACAGCAUCACAUGAGGUGGUGGAAACAUUUAGUGUUCCAGGGGAUAGAUAUUCAGUAUUCAACUCUGUUCGAGACUUGAGCGAUACAGAGGAAAGGAGUAAGUCACCUGAGGCUACAACUGAGGAAGAACAUCAAAUAAGAGCUGACAUUACUGAUACUGUCCUGCAAUAUGUCAACUCUACAUCAUUCAAGAAUCAGCUCAGUCUGCACAUUAUGAGUGAGAUUGAUGCUAAAAUAGCAAAAGCAGUGUCCCAGGUUCAAAAUAAACAGCAUGCGGUGAGAUUUGCUACAGCAAGAGAUGAGGAACUGUAUUACUAUCAGGAGCAACAAUCGAGCAACAAUCUGUCCACUCCUGGGUUCAGUGAGGGUGUAGCAUCUUUGAUUGGCUAUGCGCUGAUGGAAGUGAGAGAAAAAAUGAAAAGUACUUUAACAAGCCACAAACGUCAGACAGAAUCACCACCAGCAUGCAACACUGUAAAAGAAACAGUGGACAGAGUCUUUGAAAGCAUGCUUGAUUCCUUGAUACCCGUGAAUGAUGAUAACUCUCAUCUGAACCAGGAUAGCACUGAUGGGGAUUCUAGUAUGAUCGAUACUCUUGCUAGUUGUGUGUAUGAUGCAGCGUCUGAGAGUAUCCUGCACAGCAGUGACUCAGAUGACAUAUGCCAGAUUUUAUUCUAUGACUUAGAAAGUGAUGAUAAAGUGUCUAGCAUUACAGAUCAGGACAUGGAGACAUUAGACACUGUGAAAAUCCCUAUGAAGACUCUGAUGUUCUGCAUGAGUCUCAAGAAAAAUCCACCACUGGCCUGUUGUCCAAAGGAUUUGACCAGCCUUAUGGACCUGAACAUAAGGCAGAGGAGCUUGUAGAGGGCAUCUUGUCUGCUCCUGAAAUGAUGAGCCAACUUUAUGACCCUCUGACCUCAAGCGUCGAAUCUGACUCUGAUUUGGAUACAAGUGUUCUUGACGUCUCUGCUGCUUCUGACAAAACCACUCCCAGUGACAUUACCUCUCGAAGGGUUCAGAUGGCUGGACGGCAGGAAUGUGCUUGGCCUGUCCCUACACCACCUUCUAGAGAUAAGCUGAAAGCCCCAAGAGGAUACAGCAGAAGGACACGUGUUGUAAAAGCCAAUUCUUGGACAAUGUAGAAAACGGCAUUCUUGACCAGUCUCACCAAAAGGACUGGACUGGCAUAGAACGCAGCAAGGAAAGGAUCAUGAUCGCCAUGAUGACACGGCAAUCUGUGGGGAAAGGUUUGAGCAGACCUUAAAAAAAUAAGGUGACGGCUUUCUUUCCUCAACAAACAGCGGAUAAACCACCAUCAGCCAGUCAGCUCCAAGAAACAUCAACCAUGAAUUCUGAAGAUAUUAUUUUCCUGCCACCAUUUUCCUCACAGCCAUUUCAUUGCUGAUUGUAAACAAA